AAACAGCGGUUCUAGCGAACUACGAAACUCAGAAUUUCCCCUUAGGUUAGCAGACAAGACUCGACUCUUUUGGUGUUGGUGCUUUCUUGUCGCCUUCCUUAUGGCUGAAGACUUUUAUUAUUGUGAAAUGAAGAUGACAUACAUGCUGUUCUUUUGUAGCAGGUACUUAUUCCAUUCACGAGAUUGCUGAUUAGCUUGAAUAUGGGAACAGAACUUUGAAUUCCAGCUGUGACUACAAUAGAUUUUUAACCUGAAUAGUUUCAACAAUUCUGGUUCUGUGACUGAUUUAUCCCUUCACUUUUUCUGCGCACAGAGUCCUGUUCAAAUUUACAAUAGUCUAACGAUGUUUGCAAGACUUAAUGUUCUCCGACAGUAUUGCCUUUUGAGUGGAAGAACAGCAAAUUUCUUUCAAUGGACAAAAGAUUCUACCCAGAUCAAGUAUUUUUUUUCAUCAAGUGUUCCUCACAGUACAAUUUUUGCCCUGUCCUCUGGUGCAGGCAAGUGUGGAGUAGCAGUCAUUCGACUUUCUGGGUCAAAGUCAAGUUAUGCUCUGAAGCAGUUAUGUGGGAAAGUGACCAAACCAAGGACUGCCAGCCUGUGUAAACUUAUGAACCCACAGACACAAGAACUUCUUGAUAGAGCACUGGUGCUUUGGUUUCCAGGGCCAAAAAGUUUCACUGGUGAGGACUGUGCUGAAUUGCAUAUUCAUGGAGGACCUGCUGUUGUGUCAGCUGUCUUGACAGCCCUGGGAUCUCUUUCUGGUCUCACACCCGCUCUACCUGGAGAGUUCUCAAAAAGAGCUUUUGCAAAUGGAAAGUUGGAUUUGACCGAGGUUGAGGGCCUUGGCGACUUGAUUCAUGCUGAAACAGAAGCUCAAAGGAAGCAAGCUCUGAGGCAAAUGGAAGGGGAUUUGAAUCAACUUUACACAGGAUGGAGGACUGGUUUGAUUAAGAGUCUUGCAAAUGUUGAAGCCUUCAUUGAUUUCAGUGAGGAAGAAAAUAUUGAAGAUGACGUUAUAGAAUUAGUGACAACAUCUGUGAUGAAGAUCCAAACAGAGAUGGAAGCACAUCUAAGAGACAGUCGUAAAGGAGAGAGACUUCGAGAUGGUGUCCAUGCUGUCAUUCUGGGGGAGCCCAAUGUUGGAAAAAGCAGCCUGCUCAAUUUCCUGUGCCAGAGACCUGCUGCCAUUGUGUCUCCUCUGGCAGGAACAACGCGAGAUGUGGUGGAGACAGCUCUUAACAUUGCAGGGUACCCUGUCCUCAUCAGUGACACUGCUGGACUACGAGAGUCAUGUGACGUUAUAGAAAAAGAAGGUAUCUCCAGAGCUCUGGACAGAGCAGAGAAGGCCGACUUGAAGAUUCUUGUCCUGGAUUUUGAAGUUCAUGGAGCAAAUCUGUCUAAUGUUGACUUUCCGACUUUUUUGUCAUCUUACCUGUCUGACAUGAGGUUGUAUCAGAAUAACUUUCGUGAAGCAGACUCUGUCCAUGACUCCCCAUCAAACAGCGAUCAGUCACUGUCUUUCGAUCAAGUACCAGAAGAUUCAUGGGAGGUGUUGGUUGUUGUGAACAAAAGUGAUCUGGCAAGAGUUUCUGACUUAAAGCAGGUAUCUCAGCAUGCUUCAGGGUCAGUGUGCUUUGUCUCGUGCAAGACAGGUCAAGGCCUUGACAGAUUUCUUCAUGUGCUCGCUGGCAGGAUAAAAGAUCUGUGUGGGGACCCUCUGACGAGCAGCUCCAGCCUCACCCAGACACGACACAGACAUCAUCUGAGCAGAUGUAAACAGCACCUUGAGGAUUUCCAUAAUCUCCUGAGCUAUGAUGUUGUGAUAGCAGCAGAGAAACUGCGGAGAGCCACUCGAGAAUUGGCCUUGAUCACAGGGGCUGUGUCCACUGAAGAUGUGCUUGAUGUGAUAUUCAGAGAUUUUUGUAUAGGGAAAUAAAUGUAUUUAUUUAUCAGUCCUGAAAA